CUUCAGAGUCCAAGGCAGCUUUUCUCUGUCGCUCAAGGCUUUCGGGCACUUCUCUUUCUCUAGGCGAGCGUUCUUUGCUGGUGACUGGAGCUGCUAGUCUAGAAGGAGCAGACUGAGCGAGGCGAGCUUGCACAGUGCUCUGUCCUGACUGGAGUCUGCUGUGUGGGAGAGAGGCACCAUGACAACCCUGGAUGAUAAAUUACUGGGGGAGAAAUUACAGUACUACUACAGCACCAGCGAGGAUGAGGACAGUGACCAUGAAGACAAAGACAGAGGCAGGGGAGCCCCAGCCAGUGGUUCCACGCCUGUGGAGGCUGAGCUGGCAGGCGAAGGCAUCUCAAUCAAUACAGGUCCAAAAGGUGUGAUCAAUGACUGGCGCCGUUUCAAGCAGUUGGAGACAGAGCAGAGGGAGGAGCAGUGCCGGGAGAUGGAGCGGCUGAUCAAAAAGCUGUCUAUGAGCUGCAGGUCCCAUCUGGAUGAAGAGGAGGAGCAACAGAAACAGAAGGACCUCCAGGAGAAAAUCAGUGGGAAGAUGACUCUAAAGGAGUUUGGUACAAAGGACAAGAACUUGGAUGAUGAAGAGUUUUUGCAGCAGUAUCGAAAGCAGAGGAUGGAAGAGAUGCGGCAGCAGUUUCAUAAAGGGCCCCAAUUCAAGCAAGUUUUUGAGAUCCCCAAUGGAGAAGGGUUUUUAGAUAUGAUUGAUAAAGAACAGAAAAGCACCCUUAUCAUGGUUCAUAUUUAUGAAGAUGGCAUCCCAGGGACUGAAGCCAUGAAUGGCUGCAUGAUCUGCCUUGCCACAGAGUACCCCGCUGUCAAAUUCUGUCGAGUGAGGAGCUCGGUUAUUGGGGCCAGUAGUCGUUUUACCCGGAAUGCCCUUCCUGCUCUGCUCAUCUACAAGGCGGGUGAAUUGAUUGGCAAUUUUGUUCGAGUCACUGACCAGCUGGGGGAAGAUUUCUUUGCUGUAGACCUUGAAGCUUUCCUGCAGGAAUUUGGAUUGCUCCCAGAAAAGGAAGUCUUGGUGCUGACAUCUGUGCGAGACUCUGCCACCUGUCACAGUGGAGACAGCGAUCUGGAAAUAGAUUGAACUGAUAAUCUAGUUCCGUAGCUAUCUCAUUGUUUGGGCUGGGGGACACAUGUCUGUAUUUAUUUCUGUCCUUCCUUGUCUUCUGGCUUUACAGCUGUUCUUUGUAGUCUCAUUUAGUAUGUGAAAAGUCAAGAAAUUCUUAGAUUAAAUCA